GAGAGAGAGAGCGGGAACGAUCACCGCCCCCCUCCCGGACAGACAGACUGCAUCUGCGCACACUCCAGGCACAACAACACCAACACUCGCAGCCAUGGAGGCUGCGGUUGCCCUCCUGGCCUGGCUGCUGUGCGCAGCGAUUGUGAGGCGGAGCGGGGCCACGCCGGAGGCGAUGGCCGGGGCAGACCUGUGCAGGAUUGAUGAAGCCUCGUGCCACAUCGAGGAGGAAGUGCUCCGUUUUGAAGCCAUCAUGAGUAUUCAUAAACAGAUGGAUGACGAUGCAAAUGGAAAUGUCGAUGUGGAGGAGAGUGAUGAGUUUUUGCGAGAAGAUCUCAACUACCAAGAUGCAGCAGCAAAGCACAGCACGUUUCACGGAGGUGACAAACUGAUCAGCGUGGAGGACCUGUGGAAAUCAUGGAAAAGUUCAGAAGUAUUUAACUGGACAGGCGAGGAGGUGAUCGAGUGGCUCAUCAACUAUGUUGAGUUACCGCAGUACGAAGAGCACUUCAGAAAGCUGCACAUAAAUGGACAUGAUAUGCCGAGGUUGGCUGUGAAUAACCUCACCCUGGCAUGCUCCUUGCUCAAAGUGAACGAUCGCAGUCAUCGCCAGAAGUUACAGCUGAAGGCUCUGGACACUGUGCUGUUCGGACCACCCCUGUUGACUCGUCACAACCACCUCAAGGAUUUCAUGUUGGUGGUUUCCAUCGUGAUUGGUGUUGGUGGCUGCUGGUUUGCCUACAUCCAGAACCGUUACUCCAAAGAGCACAUGAAGAAAAUGAUGAAAGAUCUGGAGGGGUUGCAGAAAGCAGAGCAGAGUCUCCAUGACCUGCAGGAAAGGCUGCAGAAGGCCCAGGAGGAGCAUCGGUCAGUCGAGGUGGAGAAAGUUAAUCUUGAGCAGAAGCUACGGGAUGAGAUCAAUGCAGCAAAGCAGGAAGCCCAGCGACUACGGGGACUGCGGGAAGGCACGGAGAACGAUCUGAGUCGGCAGAAAUAUGCGGAGGAGGAGUUGGAACAGGUACGGAUGGCCCUGAAGAAAGCAGAAAAGGAAUUGGAAUCACGUGGGAGCUGGUCCCCACCUGAAACCCUCCAGAAGUGGCUGCAGCUGACUCAUGAGGUGGAAGUGCAGUAUUACAAUAUCAAGAAGCAGAGCGCUGAGAGGCAGCUGAACAUUGCUAAAGAAGGGGCAGAGAAAAUAAAGAAGAAGAGAAACACAUUGUUUGGAACCUUUCAUGUGGCACACAGUUCUUCGCUGGAUGAUGUUGAUCAUAAAAUACUAUCGGCAAAGCAGUCUCUGAGUGAGGUUACAGCAGCUUUACGGGAGCGCCUUCAUCGAUGGCAGCAGAUUGAGGUGCUGUGCAAAUUCCAAAUUGUCAAUAAUCCUGGCAUCAGUGCCCUGCACUCGGUGCUGAACGUGGAUCCAAGCUGGCUUGGACAGGCGCGGUCCACUCCCACACACUUCAUCCUGACUGAUGAUCUUGACGAUAUGGAGGAGGAGUUGGUAACUCCAGUCACUCUCCAAUAUAUGGCAUGGUUAAUGGAUCAAAGAGUCACUGAUCGCUCCAGGACACCCCUGGAUAAUCUUUCAACAUGGAACUCCACUGCUUCCCUCAGCGUGCACCCAUCUGUUCGUCAGCGUCAGGUUGACUCUCAGCACGCUGCUGGCUCCCAGAGGUUGGUAGAAGGUUUUAUUCCUGGGCAAAGUGAAUCUCUCCCAUGGAGCAACAGGGCAUCUCUCCGCCGUAUGCAAAGUCUUUCCUAUAUCUGUCCCUGCUCUGAUGUGUUUGGAUCUGCCUUAUCCUCCUCCUGCACUCAUUCUCACUGCUUCCAUCAUCCCUCUCACCAUCUGGAAACCAUUCCUGACCUUCCCCCUCCUGAUGUCCUUGAUGUCUCCACUGGGAUCCGUGUGCGGACUAGAAGUCAUGGGGAGUUAAACCGCUCUGAUUCCGAAUCCUCCAUUUCUCAGUCCAGUGAUCAGCAACGUCUUGCCAACCCUUCGGGAUCUCCCAGUGCCCUCCUGCACAGCUCUGGAUCCAGGUCUGCACCAUCCAAGCCUUCCUCCCUCCUCAAACUGACAGAAGAGAGCACCCCGAGCGCGAGUGUGGUGUCAGACUCCAACAUCCCCAGCCCGAAUGGCAGCAGCAGCAGUAAACAGGCUGACUCGCUCAGCAGCAUGUGUUCGGAGAGCAUAUCGGAUAGUCCUGUGGCCAGCAGGAAAGCUUACCCCAGCCGGGGCCUGGAGAAGUCGGCUAGUCUGAGCGAGAUCCACCGCGGCACGGAGGGCUUGGUCCUCAGCCCCUCUGAAUCCUCGCGCUCGCUCAGCCCCACCUCCACCGACCCUGAGCCCACCGUCACCGACACCAAAAAUGGCAUUAAGGGAACCAAAAUCCCUCAGCUAUCCUCAAAAAAGUCUCCAGUGGAGGAGGACAGCACAUCAACAGGUGAGGAGACUGAGCCCAACCCCGGCAAAAAGAAACCAGGAUUUAAGCUGUUCAAGAAAAAGAACAAAUAA